GAGGAGCAGCAGGCAACUCCUCGCCUCUGCACAACUUCUGUAGUUUGUGCCAGUGGCAGUCAGAUCGUCGCGCACCGCAGCGUUUUAAAGAGAGAAAGCCUUUUGCGUUCAAAACAACACUGUGCGCCGGUUACACCCAAAUCCACGCAUGGUAUAUGGUACGGAUGGUACAAGUUUUGACGCCCAUCGCCGAGUCUUCUCCUGAUUCCACGCACCGAGUUUGGAGACACUGUACGCUGUGAGACUCCAAGGGUUCAUGUACUGGAAAAAUGAAGUUUUGUCCCCUCUUUCAGAGGGAAAUAAGAUUCUGUCCGAAGGAAUUCCCACGAAACAGGUGAUCUCCGCCGAGCAUCAGAGUACACCGGGAGCCUCACGCUGCAGUGUGGACUCUAAACACGCGCCAAUGUCUCACUCGGACGGAGAGUCCCAGCGGUCCAACAUGGAGCGGGAGGACACUCGCUCGUCCCCCAGCACUCCGUCCACCCCGUCCGUGUGCUCGCCGACCUCCACCACCAGCUCGGUGCCGUCCACCGGGAAGAACAUGUGCGCCAGCUGCGGUCAGGAGAUCCUGGACAGAUACUUGCUGAAGGUGAACAACCUGAUCUGGCACGUGCGCUGUCUGGAGUGUUCUGUCUGCAGAACGUCGCUACGUCAGCACAACAGCUGCUACAUCAAAAACAAAGAGAUCUUCUGUAAAAUGGAUUAUUUCAGUAGGUUUGGUACUAAGUGUGCCCGCUGCGGGCGGCAGAUUUACGCCAGUGACUGGGUGCGCCGUGCAAGGGGAAACGCAUACCACUUGGCAUGUUUUGCGUGCUACUCGUGUAAGAGGCAGUUGUCCACGGGAGAGGAGUUUGGCUUGGUGGAGGAGAAAGUCCUGUGUAGGAUCCAUUACGACACCAUGGUGGAGAACCUCAAACGAGCGGCUGAAAGUGGCAAUGGUAUCACAUUAGAAGGAGCAGUUCCAACGGAACAGGACAGUCAGCCCAAACCGGCCAAAAGGGCACGGACAUCCUUCACUGCUGAACAGCUACAGAUCAUGCAGGCUCAGUUUGCCCAGGACAACAAUCCAGAUGCCCAGACGCUACAGAAACUAGCUGACAUGACGGGCCUCAGCAGGAGAGUUAUACAGGUGUGGUUUCAAAACUGCAGAGCAAGACACAAAAAGCACACGCCCCAGCACAGUGGGGCUCCUCCAGGUCAUCCCCAGUCCAGGAUACCCUCGUCCCUGCCCGAUGAACUGCAUUACUCCCCCUUUGGCAGUCCUGAGCGAGCGCGCAUGGUGGCCCUUCACGGGUAUAUCGACAGUCAUCCCUUCUCCAUGCUGACCUCUCAGAGUCACCCUCACCAGGCCAUGUCGUUGCCCCAGCUUCCCCUCAGCCGCUAGCGCUCCACCACUAUGACCCUUAAGACCCCUAAACCUCUGGAUCCUAACCCUUAAUCUCCUAUCACUGCCGUCUGCAGGGCUGACCCGGAGAUCAUGCAGUCAGCUUGGAGAACAGACACAUCUUACAGGAGCCAUGCCCACUCGGGAAACAAAAAGAGAAAUGGAAGAAUGAGGAAAACACUAAGAAACAUCAUUAUGUUUUUUUUUUUUUUUUUUUUUUUUUGAGGACAGGAAUAUCCCACCUGCAGCCACUCUGUCAAGAUGAUCCUUAUCAUUAGCAGGAACUCACUGACUGUAUUUUAUACCACCUAAAGGACCCAUUUUGCUUCACAUGUACAGCAUCCUCCACUCUACCCAGCCAUCCUCUGACUUGAAGGAGGAAGGGAGUUUUAAAGGGAUGAAACUGAGCAAGGAAGCAGGACUGAAGCCUUUUGAGUGCUGUCAGAAUACUGAAGAUAAACAACGAGGGGAACACUUAAGGGGGAACUGUCAUUGUGGCCCAAAGGGCCCGGCACACACAGUAGACCGCAUUAGAGGUAAGACUCCUCACUCUUUACUCUCUAAGCAACCAUGAAGGAAACAUAAAUGUAAAUGAUAUAAGUUUAACUGUUUUCUUUAGGAAUGGCAUCACAAAAAAACAGAAACAUCCUAGUUACAGUUUGGGUAAAUUUUCCACUUAAAUGUAGGUCUAGAAUUAGAUGUUUGUUAAAGAAUGAAAAUAUUGUGUGCCUUAUCUUUUCAAUUAUAAAAAAAAGAACUUUACAGAGGUGAAUCAGUGAAAUUAAAAUUCCUGCCUAUAAUUCGUCUCUAAACUCUUCUCGUCUUUUUUUACGAGGAUUUAAAAUUUUCCAUUGGUAUAAAAUCAGCAUCUUGACGUUUUAUCACGAAGAAAACCACAACUAAAGCUAAAAGAUUUUAGGCUGCCACAAUCCUGUUACAUUUCUUUAAACUGACAGAGAAACGAGGAAGUCUGAGAUGAGCACACUAGUCAAACUACACAUCCCUACAAAAUCUGUUACAAGUUACAUAUUUUCAUAUUUCCAAACAAGUAUAUUGUCACUAAUUUAUAAUUUCUAAGGUUGUUUGUUUAGCCUCUGUGUGUGUGUGUGUGUGUCUUUCACACAAAGAGGGACAUGGAGUGUUGGUGUCUCGGUACAUUAUGGACAAUAUGAAACAGACUGGUGUUGUACAUAGUAAAACGUGUGUGUGUGUGUGUGUGUGUGUGUGUGUGUUGGCAGGGGUAGAGAGUGUGCAUCUGUAUUUUAUGCCAUGGCCAUUGUGUGAAGAACAGGAUCCAACAAGACCUCAAUGUCCUUGUAUUUAUUGAGAUGGUAAAUCCCUGUAAAGCACUUUUUCCCUCUGAAAUUGUUUUGUUUUGCAAAAAACAUGAAAUGAAAUCAAACAAAAAAGUUUAUUUGAUAGACUGUGCAUCAUAAAUGUUUGUGUAC